AUGGAGAAGAAAGAAAAGGUGAAGAUGAUAGUGGUGGCGCUCGCUUCUCUCUCAGCUCUCUCGGUCUUCUUCCUCUUCUGGAGCCGCCGUAAACGCUCCGAAACUCACUGUUAUUUACUAGACGACCCGAAGCCGCAGCACGGAUUCAAGAGAGUGUUGGCCGACAAUUCGUACUCGCCGUUCAAGCAUUUAAGCCUUGAAGAAUCCAACGGCGCAGAUAAGAAUCAGAAUUCGCAUCCGUAUGAGGCGGAGGUCACUGCGCUGCUGGAAAGUCCGCCGAUUGAGCUUAAAUGUGUGACGGAGAAUUUGGAACCGAUAAUGAGGGAGGCGUAUGUUUGGGUCGAGACUGAGAGUCAGUUGGAGGAGAUGGUUGAGGUUUUGAGUAAAGAGAAGAUCUUUGGGGUUGAUACUGAGCAGCACAGCUUGAGGUCGUUUUUGGGAUUUACUGCUUUGAUACAGAUUUCGACUGAGAAGGAGGAUUAUUUGGUGGAUACUAUUGCUCUACAUGACAGUAUGAGCGUUUUGCGGCCAGUUUUCGUUGAUGCUAGUAUUUGCAAGGUGUUCCAUGGGGCAGAUAGUGAUGUUCUCUGGCUGCAAAGGGACUUCCAUAUAUAUGUUGUCAAUAUGUUUGAUACUGCAAAGGCUUGUGAAGUGUUGUCAAAACCGCAGAAAUCACUGGCUUAUUUACUUGAAACUUACUGUGGUGUCGUCACUAACAAGUUGUUUCAGCGUGAAGACUGGAGACAACGCCCUUUGUCUAUGGAAAUGGUGCAGUAUGCUCGAACAGAUGCACACUACCUACUUUACAUUGCAGGCCGUUUACUUGCUGAGCUGGAUAUGCUGGAUAACGAAAACUCUUGUCCCGAUGACAAAUUACGUUUUGUUCUUGAGGCUAGUCGGCGUUCAAACAUGUCAUGUUUGCAACUGUACACUAAAGACAUAGAAGCUUCACCUGGAGGCUCUGCUGCUUCAUCAAUAUUUAGCCGUCAUUUAAAUGGCCAAGAAGGCAUUUUGUCAGCAUCUUAUGAAAUCCAGAAUGCUGUGCGCCGGUUUUGUGCAUGGAGAGAUUUGAUGGCUCGUGUACACGAUGAAAGCUUGAGAUAUGUAAUAUCAGAUCAGGCUAUUGUUGCCCUCGCUGAAAAAGCUCCAACUAGCCCUGUAGACAUGUUAACCACCAUUGCAGAAGCUGAUGAUAAUGUGGAUUUAAGUUUCAAUUUUGGUCUCCCAUCUCCAUCUCCUGUUGUCUGCAGUCAUUUGGAUGAUUUUCAUUAUAUACUCCAGAACAAAAUAGGCAAUCCUGAUGAUCUCUUACCCAUGAUUCUUCAGAACUGCCUGGGUCAAAAAGGGAGUUGCCCACUGUCUGUCUUCAACUAUGCUUUACUGGUUAAUUAUAAUAUGAAAGUGACACAGGUUUCUAAACAGAAUGGGGUCAGAAAUCCAAAGCAAGCCGGUCGAAUGGCUUCUCGAAAGCUAUUUGUUCAAAAAUUUUCCUGCAAAUCCCCAGUUUAUCAUAAUUGCCGAAUCUAUGCAAAUGAUGGGCGUUUGCUUUGUUACUGUGACCGCAGGAAGCUUGAAUGGUAUCUUCGUCGGAAUUUGGCAAAACUUGUUGAAGAAAAUCCACCUGCAAUUAUGCUUCUGUUUGAGCCCAAAGGGCGUCCAGAAGAUGAAGGCAAUGAUUUUUAUAUUCAAAGUAAGAAAAAUAUAUGUGUUGGCUGUGGUGAAAGAAACCAUUACUUACGGUACCGAAUUAUUCCCUCGUGCUACAGAAUGCAUUUCCCUGAACAUUUGAAAAGCCACCGUUCUCAUGAUAUCGUUCUAUUAUGCGUGGACUGUCACGAAAUUGCUCAUGCCGCUGCAGAGAAGUAUAAAGGAAAGAUUGCUGCAGAAUUUGGGAUUCCACUUUUUGUUCGUAAAGUGGUUGAUUCGCAACAUGCUCAAUCUUUAUCUGGGGUAUCUGUGCCUGUUACAAAUGCUGAGGAUGCAGGUGUAUCUCCUUUACAGUUGCGGACCGCUGCUAUGGCUCUUUUGCGCCAUGGACCAACAAUGCCAUCCAAACGCCGUGAGGAACUGACAGAGAUUGUUAUGACAUUUUAUGGAGGGAGACAAAUUUCUGAGGAAGAUUUAGAAAAGGCUUUGCUUGUUGGGAUGACUCCUCAUGAGAAAAGACGACUUCAGAAGAAGAAAGGGUUUUCUUUUCAACAUUCUAAAGGAAGUAUUUCUUCAGAUGCUGAGGAGAAAAAUAGUGUUAGCAUUUCAACACCUGCCACUCCGUAUGCUCCAGAAGUUUAUACUGUACAUGAAUCUUGCACCAAUGAAGAUGACAUAUCGACGAUGAACCAAGAUGAAGAUGUUUUCACAGUGAAGGAUGCUGAUUUAGGCACCUCCUCUUUAGAUCUGAGGAUCGAUGAAAAAGCUUCUCCCGGCAAUGAGAGGAACAUAAAUUCAGAGAUAGCGAGAGAUGGUAUUUAUUAUGAUGAUAAAAGUACACCAAAUGGAUCAGUAGACUUUCGAUCUACUUCCAAACGUAAACAUAAAUCAAAACACUCUCUCUUAGGUCACGGUCCACAUGGUAAGCAAGUUGUGGAUCGUCUGUUAAAGGAAUCUGGCGAAGAUGGUAUUAGUCAGUUUUGUCAAAGGUGGAGACAAGUAUUUGUUGAAACUGUUCAUCCUCGUUUUUUACCUUCCGGCUGGGAUGUUACACACAGUGGUAGGAGGGAUUUUGGAGAAUUCAGCGUCUACAAACCUACCAAGAAAGCAUCUACUGCUACUUAAAGAGUUUGAGUCAAAUGUUGUAAUUGCAGACAGCGUACAACGCUACUCAUGCCUAUCAUAUUCAAUUCAUUGCUCUUCCCUUGUAUCUUUAGUAAUUUUUUUGUAACAUUUCGUAUCUGUUAAACGAAUAGACAUAUUUGUAUUCUACUUAAAGAUUUGUCAUUUGUGUUAUUAGAAUGGCUUGUUGAAUG